GCACACUGCUAAGAUUGCACAGCUCGCAAUUCUACGCUGCCACCUGAAUUCAACAUCAGCUGUCUUUACUCUGGUCCCUGCAAGAUGCCAGCAGCCCUUGCAGAGAACAGCCAGGUUAUCUGUGAAGUAUGGGCGAACAAUCUGGAAGAAGAGAUGAGAAAAAUUCGAGAGAUUGUUCUAAGUUACAGUUACAUUGCCAUGGACACUGAGUUUCCUGGAGUUGUUGUAAGGCCAAUUGGUGAAUUCCGCAGUUCCAUAGACUAUCAAUAUCAGCUCCUUCGGUGUAAUGUUGACCUUCUGAAAAUUAUCCAGCUGGGCCUGACUUUCACAAAUGAAAAAGGAGAAUAUCCUUCUGGCAUCAACACCUGGCAGUUUAACUUUAAAUUCAACCUUACGGAGGACAUGUACUCUCAGGAUUCCAUAGACCUCCUUGCCAGCUCUGGGCUGCAGUUCCAGAAGCAUGAAGAAGAAGGGAUCGAUACCCUGCAUUUUGCGGAGUUGCUUAUGACAUCUGGGGUUGUCCUUAGUGACAGUGUGAAAUGGCUGUCCUUCCACAGUGGUUAUGACUUUGGCUACAUGGUGAAGUUGUUGACAGAUUCCAGGUUACCAGAAGAAGAACAUGAAUUUUUCCAUAUCUUGAACCUUUUCUUCCCAUCUAUCUAUGAUGUAAAAUACUUAAUGAAGAGCUGCAAAAACCUCAAGGGUGGCCUUCAAGAAGUGGCAGAUCAGCUGGAUUUGCAGCGAAUUGGACGACAACACCAGGCGGGAUCGGACUCUCUUCUCACGGGAAUGGCAUUCUUCAGAAUGAAAGAGUUGUUUUUUGAGGAUACAAUUGAUGAUGCAAAGUAUUGUGGGCGCCUGUAUGGCCUUGGCACAGGAGUGGCUCAGAAACAAAAUGAAGAUGUGGACUCAGCCCAAGAGAAAAUGAGCAUUUUGGCUAUUAUCAACAACAUGCAGCCGUGAUAAGCGGCACUCCUCAGCAGAACAUGGUUACCAUAUUGGCAGCUGCUGUCCUCAACCAUUUUCCCUAAUAGUAUCUCAAACAAAAGGCAUCUACAGUAUACAGCCUGCGGAAGGCCUGCAGUUUUGCUGAAGAACUGCAUCUUCAUUUGAAACCCAGAAGAGUGUUGACUGAAUUCCUAAUGCCAGCAUUUGUGGUUUGCCAUCUUUUUAAUACCAAGGGCAAAAGACAGAACCUACUGUGUAUACCUCUGUUUUUUUCCUCUUUAUACUGAACAGAAUCUGCAAGGAAGAUGUAACGGUAGAAUAUUCAGUAGAGCUAAGGGUCUGGAAAUCCAGUGAAAAUGGACACAGACAUGCACACAAACUUGAAAAUUGUGCUUUAUAAAGCUUAUUUUAAAACUUACUUCUGCAUGUUGUGAGGGUGACUGCUUCACCUCAUGUUUUGCUUAUUUUAUCUUUGUGUAGUCUGUGGAAAUUGCUCCCUUUGAUCACUGCAGAGGCUUGGGAAUGGAUGACAUUAAAAAUGAUCCUUGCAGCUAAAAAUACUCAAGAGAUUUGCUUUAACAACAUUGGGAAAGGAUAGGAGCUGGAGCUGACUUGAUCGGCUCUCCAUAGUUUCUAAUUCUGUGUGGUGCAGGUUUGACCCAUACGGAGGCUCAGCUUAG